ACGUUUCGGCCCGUCGCGUGCAUUCGUGAGUGUUCGUGUUGAUUCGUGAGGGCUCGGGCCGGCUUCGUGGGAGCGAGGCCAACCGGUCGGGCGCCGCAGUUCUCCGCGCGACCAGUUGAAUUCCCAACGCAGCUAGCGAAUGAUCGGCGCGCGCUUUCCGCGUUUCGGACUUUACGCGCUCCCUUUCCCGGCUAUCUUCGUUUCUCCGAGCAUGUGUACGCGCGAACAUACUCGUGUCGGAAUCUCCAAAAAUCCUAUUCAAAUACAAGAAUAAAUAGGAACAAAUUUGAGUCUGCGAUAAUCGACUCGCCGGUAACAGGAGCAGCCGCAAAAGUUUCGUGCCCUUUUAAUUGUUUUGUUUUUAUCGAUCAAAGUAACUCCGUUUCUACGAGGUGAUCGUUCCCUCUAAUCCGAGUGAUUUUCACGUGACUGUGCCCGUUCAUGCGUUAUCGCGGUGUGUUUAAAAGGCCCAACGAAUGAAUAAAGGCGGCGAGCCUCGAUGUCGUAGAUAAUAAAAACGCACGGUAAACGAAUAGUACGAGGAGGAAGAGGAGGCGCGAGAACAGACAAGACCUCGUGGUGUGUGUCGGAGCGAGAGCGAGCUCUUGUGCGUGUUGCUGGUUUGUGCGAUGGUGGUUUGCUCCGAAGGCCUCAAGGCAAAUACCUACCUGGUUCAUAGCGCGAGGAAUAUAGCACCGCGAACACGAUUUUACCGUGAGACUCGUUUCUCUCUCUCUCUCUCGCGAACGUGUUAAAUAUCCGCAAAAAUCUCGUACACGUUUAAUCUGCACGCUUCGCGUAGAUCGCGUUUUAACGAAUCGCGUAAAACGCUCUUGGAGCGUAUGCAGCGAUGAAAACAACAACAAAAGUUGACGAGAUUUCGUAACUCGGGCAAAGUCAGCACAAUCGAUUUUGGACACGGCUUGAUUUUAAGACGCUCGAAAAAUAUCGUGCAACAGGUUGACAGAGGAACAGAAACGCCUGAACAAUUUGAGAGAGUUUUUAUUUUUCAUAUUCGACAGUACGAAACACGCGAUUCCCCCCAAAAGAGUGGCCGCGUAUGUGUCUUCGUGCGCGUGUGCUCGUGCGUUCGUCACCGUCGUUUGUGUGUACGCACACAAACGAGGUUCCCGGGACCAUCUCUUCGUGUUUACAGAAUAAGGCAGCGAGAUAAGUAACAGGUGUUUCGCUCGUAUUAUACCGCAAGCAAUCGUCUUACCGGGUCUCGCGCGCUGCCCUGGACAGAGACGAAAGAUCCCGAGGAAGAGGAAGACCGAGGGAGAAAGAGAGAUCGAUAAGGAUCUUGGUUUGCGCGAAGGUGAGCACGCUCCCGAGCGAGCGGUGUCGAAGGAGUGAAGAAGAGAAGGCAAAAGAUAGAGGCUGAGGAGGAGGGAGGAGGAGGAGCAGUAAGAAUCGCGGUGAGUCGAGGACACACUGAACUCUCGUCUCUCGACCUUUGCACCCAUCGCCAGACGUUAUAUCCCAUGGACUCUUGGGUGAGCAGACACACCAACGAUUUCUGCGUGCAUCUGCCGAUCUCCGCUCUCUAUCUUUCACCAGAAGUUUCUCUCGGGAGGAAUAACGCCAGCAGGGAAUAGACUCGGAGCGAGUUAUUUUCCUGCUUUUUCGUUCGAAAGGCUCCGGGCAAUCGCCGGUGCAGGCUCUCAAGAGAGUUUCGUCGAUCGAUAUUGCCAAGAGAAACGCCGAGAGUUUUCGUCCUGCCGCGAGAUCGAGGUCAGAACUGCAGUCGCGAGCCGCGUUAAUUGUGUUCCUCAAAAGAGAAACGGUGCGAGGAGAGAGAGAGAGAAAGAGGAGGGCUGACAGGAAUCACAAAAUGCCUGGAGCCCGGAAACAGUGAAAUAUGCUUGGUCGGGAUCGCCUCGUGGGUACUCGGAUACGCUAAUCGGGAGAACAGAAUGAGAGUCACUGAAUGCAGCUCUUACCCGGCUGACGAAAUAUCAAUGUCAAUGUCGAACGAAUUAGCAGGAUCAACAGAGGACGAUUGAGAGAUUCUCGUUGCGAAUCGGGGCCGUACCUUCGAAAAGAGAGAUCGAGAGUGGUCGUCGUGGUGGUGAAGCAGAUUGAAAACGCCUCAACCUCGUCGAUGAUAACCAUGUUCGGCACCCUCGUUCAGAGGCUCACCUCCCCGGUGACCUCGCCGACCAGCACGAGGCGAAGGUUCAAGUCGCCGUCUCGCUGGGAGGUCCAGAGCGAUCCUGAGGACGACGCUAUCACAGCCCCAGUGAGAAAAUCACGGGCUAAGCAUUUGCUCGACAAACGCAAGAGCAAGAGCAGAGCAAGAGGUCUAAACGUGGGUGAACCGCGGCCGUGCAACGGUGCACCGAACGCCGCUGGAUGGCACGACUCCGCUUUUCCACCGCUUCGGGGCACCAAGAGCCUUGGCAGACUCGACGGAAUGAAAGAGGUUCAGAGGCUAGCCGAGUACGAGAGAUAUCUUGGACAAGAAGCCCGGAAUCUUCAGGUGGAUAACCCCGAGAGCGGGAACGUUUGUAGCGCUGCUGUGCUACAGCGUGGGCAGCUCGAGGGUGAUCUUCACCGUAUUCAGGAACUGUUCCCCGGUGACAAUCUCCGUCUUCACGAGCGCGAUGUUCUCACAACGAAGAUGAAGAAUCUCAUACGAAAAAGGAGCGGUGGCAACACAGGAAGGCUGACGAGGGUGCUGUCGCAAAAAUCUUUAAAUGUCACAUCAUCCUCACCGGCGCCGAAAUCACCGCCGCGAACAUUUCUCCUCGAGACACCGGUUCAAUUUACGACGGGAAUGCAAUCGCAAGAAAGACAUUUGUUUCUCUUCUCCGAUCUGCUGCUCAUCGCGAAAGCUCGAAUCGGUGGUAAUUUCAAGCUUAAGCAAUCAGUGAAAAUGAGCGAGCUCUGGUUGACCGCCGGACACAUCGAGGAUGUUGCGGAAACGAAUAAAUCCCAAGAAACGAGCUUCGUUCUAGGUUGGCCAACGACCAAUGUUGUCGCAACGUUCAUGACUGCAGCGGCUCGAGAUCUCUGGUGGGGACGUCUGACCGAGCUCGUACGAGAAGAGAGUAUGAAGGAGCCGCCGGACACGAACAUUCAAGUCGUGUAUCACGACAGUGACACGAACACGGAAUACUGCAAGACAAUAGAGGUCAGCUCGGAAAUGACAGCGUCGACUUGCGUGAGUCUAGCAACGAGACUGCUCGGUCUUCAGGGACCUUUUCAACUUUGGGCUAGAACGUCGUCGGACGAGGCGCCGUAUCCAUUGAUCGGUCACGAGAGGCCAUUCGCCAUUAAAUUGUCGAAUCUUCGGCACACAUUGUCGGCCGAGGAGGGUUUCGAUCUGGAGCAUUGUAACAAGAGUGGCCAUGACACGUGUCACUUCAUUUUACGCCCGGUUACGAAGUCGCCGAUAAAAAAGAACAAGUCGAAAAUAAGCGGUCUUCUGAGAAGAUCGUUGUCCCUCAAUCCGAGUAUAUUCGGCGUCAAUCUUUCAAGACUCGACGACAAUGGCUUACCAAAACCGGUUCUCGUAAUGCUCCAACAAUUAUUCGCAAAAGGACCAUUCACACAGGGCAUUUUUCGCAAAUCUGCCAACGUCAGAAUAGUCCGCGAAUUAAGGGACCAGAUCGAGUCGACCGGUGAUCCAACCUGCCUCGAAGAAGCCCCGAUCAUCGCGGUCGCUGCUUUGCUCAAAGAUUUCUUGAGAUCGUUGCCCGAUCCGUUGCUCACUUCACAUUUAUUCCCACUGUGGAUGGCGAGCCUCGAAACAGCCAAACCUGUACAAACGAUCAAGAGUAUUCUUGAUCGACUUCCCAAAGCGAAUUACACACUGUUGUCGCACCUCGUUUGCGUCUUGCAUCACGUUGCGAGAAGGUCCAAGCACAAUUUAAUGUGCGCGAGUAAUCUCGGUGUUUGCUGCGGUCCGAGUUUACUUUGGUCACAAAAUCCCUCGGUUAAUCAAAGUCGAGCGAUUCCAGCACUCACGGAAAUGCUUAUACGACAUUGCGAGGUACUCUUUGGCGAAGGCGUCACGCAGCUUCUUGGCGAAGAACGCAGUGACAGCGGCGCCGAGGAAAGCACCGAUAGCCUACACUCAGGUGGACUUUCGGUGGACAGUUUGGAUCUGGAGCCCCCUAGAAAGGAUCACAUGUCAUUGUCCCGUGAUUCUGGUUUGACGUUAUCGGACUGUCAGUUAUUCAUACCGGAGUCGCCGGUGGGUUCGGAGGAUUCGGCGGUGAACGCCUCUUCCUCGAGUUACGAGAAAUCCCAUUCGACGAAAGAGGAGAAAACGAAUGGGAAGAGUUACAUAAGAGUUUACGGUGGUUGGGAGGAGCGUAUGAACGGAUAUUCUCCGGGUUUGCAUCAUCAAAGUCUCGUUGAGAGUGGACUGCGAGAGGACAAAAAUCCGUUUCAGCGACAGGAUUGGUUGAGGGCCCAGCUCAAAAGAACGCCACGAACGAAGCUCGAGGAGAGCGAGCAGCGUAAGGAUCGCUUCGACGAGAAAGAAAUAUACGCGAGGGAGUAUCUUCGUCAGGAAGCGAUGAAGGAAAAUUGCAAAGACGUAUCUUACCGAUCACAAUUCGAUGUGUCGCGGGAUUUGCGCGUUGACUAUGAAAGGUCCUCGCAAUCGCAACAGAAACAGCAGCAACAGCAGCAGCAACAACAACAGCAACAGCAACAGCAGCAGCAACAACAGCAACAGGAUUCUUGUACCGAUCGUGUGUCCGUUAACGAUUCGGAGCAAGAAUCAAACGGCGAUUCGUCACGUUCCUCUGAGCGUUACGAAUUCGCGAAAGAGCGUUUCGCCGAUUACAAAAAGGUCAAAUCGGAGCAAUACCCCAACAGGGACUCGCCGAUAUCGCAAAAUGGCAGUUAUCACUCGGGCAACGAUAUGUAUGAAUUCAAAAAAGUCAAGAGCGAGUUGUACGUCAGCUCGAGCCAAGAAACUACGAGAAAAACUGAACGUUACGAGCACGAACGCCUCGAAAACGGCAUUUACGGUAAUCGCGAUACAGCCAACGAGAUUUAUGGCUCGAGAGAACACACCGAUAUUUAUUCGUUCAAACAGAGCGAAAGCAUCGAUGUUUACUCCGAAAAUAUCGAUGACAACGAGAGAACGUGGCCCGAAACACCACCGCCGCUCCCACCCAGACUGAGACACUUACCACCUGUUCACAUGAGCCUCGAGGAACGACACAAAGUUGCUGGAAGGUCAAGGUCGCUACCACCGCCUCCACCAUAUCGACCACCUCCUCAGCCACGUGCACCCAUCACCACGAGACAUCUCGGAUAUCCUAGAUCCCUCGUCGACGACGAAAGCUACGUCUGAGGCUUGACUUUUGUCGAGAAGAACAGAAAAAACAAAACAAAGAGCCAUGUCACAGUCGGAAGAAAAGUUUCGUCUUCGGGUGUUUUGAAAAACUACAACUUUUUCAUGUUGUCUUGCUCAUCGAGAUGCUUUUUUAAUCCUGUCGUAAAACGAUAUCUAAGAAAUCAUAAAACUGGCGAAAUAUUGUUUGCUUCGGUACAUUCAAAAGUCUUGGUAUCCCACAGUUUUUUUAAAACGAUUCUCUCUCAUGGGAUUUUCCAAUUGUUGAGUUUUUUUUAUUCUCCACUACUUCUUAGCCAUUAAUUUCUCAUUUUAUCUCGAUGUGCGAAACGAUUUCAAAACAAAAAGUGUACGUUUUUUUAAUCACCCUGAAGUGUACACGUAGCACGGAUAAGAUACGAGCGCGAUUCGAAAGUUUUGCUGAUCCUCGUUGUGACUGAACCUAGUCCAAACUAAAGCCCUCGAUUAUUUUGUUGAGUUUUCAAACGUUUCUUUCCCCGCUCCGAGGGUAAUAAACAUGGAUGUUCAUGCUUUCGUACAUUUGCGAGGAAGCGUUUCGCGAAAAACGAUUUUUGUUUUUAUCGGAAUAUACUUUUUUUAAACGAUAUAAAUAUAUAAGGAUAAAUGGAAAUUGAAAAAGAGAUACAUAAGAACAACAACGUCGCUGAAAGGAUCAUCGAUGUUCGAUGUUCUUCAGUGAUUCAGGGUGCUUCCACAGCGUUAAGCAUAGGUCGUUAUUUUUACGAAUCGUUUUUUUUUCUUUUUAGUCAAGUCAAGAAAUUGACGCAUUUUUAUAAGUCUACGAUGGACGAGACUCGAGUCGAGAAUGACAUUUUAGUUUUGUUUGAAUUUCUUACAAAAUACGCGUGUAUAUAUAUUCGACAUAAGUUUAUAUAAAUCACAUGGAUAUAAAACUCGUCGGUUAAACGUGAGCAGAGAAAGAAAUGAGAGGUCGAAAAAAUGUUCACAAAAUGCCAAACGCACAAACUCUAAGUCGACCAAUAAUCGAAUUUCUCAAAUGGAGCAAUUCGAACGAGUGAGUCUCGCCAAGGUCUCUCUGUUCGCUUACUCUUUUUCUCCAUGCAGAUCGCAACUAUUGCGUUCCACAUUUAUUUUGCUCAGCGGAGUCGUAAUAUGUGCAAAAACGACAACGCUAAAAAAAUCGUUGAGUCAAUCACGAUAGUUCUUUGAUAAAUUAUACGAUUUAUUUUCAACGUUUAUUUUUCCCCCUUUUUUCAUCAUUUUAUUGCAUUUGAAAAUCUCAAAAAGCCGGAAACGAAGUCCCAGUCUAUCGUUCGACAAAUAUGACAUUAAUAAACUACCUAUGGAAUUUUCAAACGUAACUUAUAGCUCUAAUCUCGAGUAUGCUAUGUAUAAAAAAAAAAUGAAUUUCGUGCCCGAAUGAUAGCCAAGAGCGAUUUACUUCAGCGCAUUAUAGAAUUAAAAAAAAAAACUGUUGAUUUAAAAACACGAACAUAAAUAGAUUAUAUAUUACGAUAUUUCGUUACAUCUGUAAAUAACUAUUGAUAAAAGAAACACAAAUGCAAGUAAAUAAUUGUAAACUUUUAUAUCGCUCGAUCUUAUGAACAUAAUUUACACAAUGCCACUAAAAAAACUAUAUGAAAAACAAACAAAAAAAUGUAUACUUAUAUAAAUUAUACGACCCGAUAUAAAAGUAAAUAUAUUUCGUAUUUUCUACA